AUGUCCACCAGUGGAGGCGGGAAGGAUCUCGACCCAAACCAAGGCGGCGAUGGCACGAAGAAGACGUAUCACAAGCAAGCCACCGGAGAGGCCUGGAAGACUGUUCAAGCCCAUUCCGCGGACCACGAUCUUAAGCUCUACGGAAGUUGCUUUUGCCCAUUCGUGCAUAGGGUAUGGAUCUCGCUCGAGCUCAAACGCCUCGACUACCAGUACAUCGAGGUCGAUGUAUAUCGUAAGCCAAAGUUGCUGCUAGACAUCAACCCACGAGGACUGGUUCCGGCGCUCAGGCAUGGGGAUUGGGGUUGCUACGAGAGCACAGUCCUGAUGGAGUAUCUUGAAGAUCUCCAGCAAGGGCAAGCACUCCUGCCGAAGGACGCUAAGCUACGAGCUUCUUCGAGGUUGUGGUCAGACCACAUCAACCGCAACAUCAUUCCAGCUUUCUACAAGUACCUCCAAGCACAAGAUCCCGAUGAUCAAAUCAAGUUCGCUGGCAACCUCAAGGAGCAUAUUUCGAAAGCUGUAGAUGCAGCAGAUCCUCAGGGGCCAUUCUUCCUCGGCUCCGAGAUGUCAUUUGUUGACGUUCAACUUGCACCGUGGAUAGUACGGCUGGACAAAGUGCUCAAACCAUAUCGCAGCUGGCCAGAUCCGGAGCCUGGUAGCCGCUGGGAGAAGUGGGUUCGUGCUGUUGAAGACAGCGAGCCUGUGAAGAAAACGACGAGUGACGAUGAGCUGUAUUUGGACAGCUACGAGAGGUACGCUGAAAACAGGCCAAAUACAUCACAAGUACGGGAGGCCAUCAAUUCGGGCGGAGGCUUGCCAUAG